GACUUGGGAGCUGCCUUCUGGCAGGGGCAGCCACUGGAUUGCCUCAUCUUUCUCCCCAUCGCCCGGAUGCCAAAGGCAGGACGGGGGAAUGGUGUGUCUUCGGAGAUGAGAGAGAGGCAUCAGGAGGGAAAGUGUCAGCGUACAUCCUCUAGGCUUGAAGGAGAAGGAGACAGAUUUUAAAGUGGGCUUCAGAGCCCUGACUCCAGAUUUUAAAGCGGGCUUCAGAGCCCCUAUCUUUCCUAGGCCUGGGGGUCAGAAGUCAUGGGUGGUAGGCCCGACUCGGGGAAAGCCGGACCUUGGGGACCUCGGGGACCUCGGGCAGAUCGGGGACCUUGGGCAGAUCACUUUCAGCCUGGGGCCUCGGUUUCCUCGCGCGUGUCUGGGAGGUCUCGCGGCCUGCUUCUCGGAUUGCUAGAAGCCAGCGCAGGCAGAUGCCGGUUCCGGGGCUUGGAGAACGUGGCUCGGUGGCACAGAGCCGCCGGGCGAGGCGGGGGCAGAGAGGCGGGCGACGGGAUUGGCUGGAGGCGGGGCAGCGGGGCUCGGGGAUUGGCCGCAAACGAGAGGGCUGGGCAGAACUAUAAGAGGCACGGAGGGGGCGUGCAGCAGAGUGCGUGCCUCGCCUGCCAGCCGGCUUGGCUAGCGCGCGGCGGCCGUGGCUAAGGCUGCUACGACGCGAGCUUGGGAGGAGCAGCGGCCUGCGGGGCAGAGGAGCAUCCCGUCGACCCGGUCCCAGGCGGCGUGGCCCGCGGGUCAUGGCCAAAGGAGAAGGCGCCGAGAGCGGCUCCGCGGCGGGGCUGCUGCCCACCAGCAUCCUCCAAACCACUGAACGCCCGGCCCAGGUGAAGAAAGAACCGAAACAGAAGAAACAACAGUUGUCUGUUUGCAACAAGCUUUGCUAUGCACUUGGGGGAGCCCCCUACCAGGUGACAGGCUGUGCCCUGGGUUUCUUCCUUCAGAUCUACCUAUUGGAUGUGGCUCAGGUGGGCCCUUUCUCUGCCUCCAUCAUCCUGUUUGUGGGCCGAGCCUGGGAUGCCAUCACAGACCCCCUGGUGGGCCUCUGCAUCAGCAAAUCCCCCUGGACCUGCCUGGGUCGCCUUAUGCCCUGGAUCAUCUUCUCCACGCCCCUGGCCAUCAUUGCCUACUUCCUCAUCUGGUUCGUGCCCGACUUCCCACACGGCCAGACCUAUUGGUACCUGCUUUUCUAUUGCCUCUUUGAGACGAUGGUCACGUGUUUCCAUGUUCCCUACUCGGCUCUCACCAUGUUCAUCAGCACCGAGCAGACGGAACGGGAUUCUGCCACCGCCUAUCGUAUGACUGUGGAAGUGCUGGGCACAGUGCUGGGCACGGCGAUCCAGGGGCAAAUCGUGGGCCAAGCAGACACGCCUUGUUUCCAGGACCUCAAUAGCUCUACAGUAGCUUCACAAAGUGCCAACCAUACACAUGGCACCACCUCACACAGGGAAACGCAAAAGGCAUACCUGCUGGCAGCGGGGGUCAUUGUCUGUAUCUAUAUAAUCUGUGCUGUCAUCCUGAUCCUGGGCGUGCGGGAGCAGAGAGAACCCUAUGAAGCCCAGCAGGCUGAGCCGAUCGCCUACUUCCGGGGCCUAAGGCUGGUCAUGAGCCAUGGCCCAUACAUCAAGCUUAUUACCGGCUUCCUCUUCACCUCCUUGGCUUUCAUGCUGGUGGAGGGGAACUUUGUCUUGUUUUGCACCUACACCUUGGGCUUCCGCAAUGAAUUCCAGAAUCUACUCCUGGCCAUCAUGCUCUCAGCCACUUUCACCAUUCCCAUCUGGCAGUGGUUCCUGACCCGGUUUGGCAAGAAGACAGCUGUAUAUGUCGGGAUCUCAUCAGCAGUGCCAUUUCUCAUCUUGGUGGCCCUCAUGGAGAGUAACCUCAUCAUUACGUAUGUGGUAGCUGUGGCAGCUGGCAUCAGUGUGGCAGCUGCCUUCUUAUUACCCUGGUCCAUGCUGCCUGAUGUCAUCGAUGACUUCCAUCUGAAGCAGCCCCACUUCCACGGAACCGAGCCCAUCUUCUUCUCCUUCUACGUCUUCUUCACCAAGUUUGCCUCUGGAGUGUCACUGGGCAUUUCCACCCUCAGUCUGGACUUUGCAGGGUACCAGACCCGUGGCUGCUCGCAGCCGGAACGUGUCAAGUUGACACUGAACGUGCUCGUGACCGUGGCUCCCAUAGCUCUCAUCCUGCUGGGCCUGCUGCUCUUCAAAAUGUACCCCAUUGAUGAGGAGAGGCGGCGGCAGAAUAAGAAGGCCCUGCAGGCACUGAGGGACGAGGCCAGCAGCUCUGGCUGCUCAGAAACAGACUCCACAGAGCUGGCUAGCAUCCUCUAGGGCCCGCCACGUUGCCCGAAGCCACCAUGCAGAAGGCCACAGGAGGGAUCAGGACCUGUCUGCCGGCUUGCUGAGCAGCUAGACUGCAGGUCCUAGGAAGGGAACUGAAGACUCAAGGAGGUGGCCCAGGACACUUGCUGUGCUCACUGUGGGGCCGGCUGCUCUGUGGCCUCCUGCCUCCCCUCUGCCUGCCUGUGGGGCCAAGCCCUGGGGCUGCCACUGUGAAUAUGCCAAGGACUGAUCGGGCCUAGCCCGGAACACUAAUGUAGAAAUCUUUUUUUACAGAACCUAAUUAAUAACUUAAUGACUGUGUACAUAGCAAUGUGUGUGUAUGUAUAUGUCUGUGAGCUAUUAAUGUUAUUAAUUUUCAUAAAAGCUGGAAAACA